AUGAAAAACUUUUUAUGGUCGUCUAAGCACAAGAAGUCUUCAAAUUUAAAGACUUCUUCUUCUCCGAACUCUACGGGAAGAGACAGCUACACCGUUCAGAAGUCUAGUUCUAGGUCUUCUUUGUCUGGUUCUCAAAGUUCUAGUAGCAGCCUGUCGCAAUAUCUACACGGAACGCAUCAUUCUUCUAGAAAUGGUAGAAAUCUAUCGCUUCCCCUUUCAAAUUCUAAUUCACAUUUGCCAACUGAAAAUUACAACAGAAGGAGUACCUCAAAACUACCUCUAAGAGAUCAUUCCAAUAGCCCACUGACGCAUACUACUUCAGAUGUAUAUCUUUCAGAUCCGAAUUCAAAGCUCACGAGAAGCUCACUUUCCACUAGUAGAGAAAAUUCUUCUUUGAUCUCUGAAGAUAUUGGUAGUAUUUCUUCCAAAAAUAGAUCUCAAUCGCAUGAUGCACUCUCUAUGCAUAAUAGUACCAUUAUACAAACCGAUCGUUCUUCUCCAGAUCAAUCUAGACGUAGUACCCUACCCGAUAUUUUAUCAUCCAUGACGUUGAAUGAUUCUGCUCCUAAUUUGGCGCGUGAAAGUACUAAUAGUAUACAAGACACAAUUAAUUUAAAUGACGAGAACUACGAUUCAACCGUUUUAAAAUUUGGUUGGAUUAAUAGGUCUCAUGGACAAAUAAUAGCACAAAAUACAAUGACUUCAUCAGCAUCAUAUCAAGCGCUUCGCUCGGAUAACAAAACUAACUACAGAGAAAGCAGACUUUACAACUCAGAUCUAGUAACGAAUAAUGGAUCUGUCCCAAAUGAUAGUGCUGAAAUGAUAUCUUCAAGAAAUAGUUUAAUAUUGGACUCCCAAAAAAUCCCGGAUUAUAGGAUCUACAAAGCACAAUUGAAAGGUUGCGUAUUCAAUCUGUAUAAAAGUGGACUUGGUAAUAAUGUUAAAUCUUUUGAUCCCCAAAUACCUAGUGAUGAGAUCCAAAAAAAUGAUGAAAAUUCUCAGGAAUAUCAACAACGUAGGACAUCUACUCACUCUUCACUUUCAAACAUUGACAAUUAUAAUAAUACAAAUUCAGAUAAAAAAUUCACUCACAAUUCAAAAUAUGAAUUGAGAUAUCUCAAUGAUAAAGGCCCACAUCCAGAUUUGAAACUAGAUCAAGACGGAAACAUUCUUGGGGGAACCAUCGAAAGUUUAUGCCACACUGUAGUCUUUUCAAGAAGCGCUCCUUCGUCCCAUGAUGAACAUCAAACACAAGUUGAUGCUGCUAAGGAACAAAGACAUAUCAUUAAUCUCAUCCUAAUUCUUCCACUGAUCAAUCAUCUAGUAAAUUUUUUGGUAAUAUUCAAUCAUUUCGGCUUAACUUUCACGAAACAUAAGUCCAAAUUAACAAGUGAAUCUUUGCAAUACUGUAAUAUAUCAUCCACUUCCGAUAAUUUGAUGACAGAUAGAUUAGCAUUAGUGGUGAAAACACUUCUGGACGUAUUACCCGGUUAUCUUCUAGAUAAUGAAAUCUUCCACGCAACGUUGCAACUGCUAGAUACUUUAUCAUUACAUAAUGAUGAAGUCUCAAAUAGAUUAAAAAUAUCGGUUGCAGAUAAACAUAAUGAACUGACUAAAUUAACAUCAUUUGUCAAUUCACGUGAUACUACUACCAAUGCCGAUAUUACAGACUCUAUUUUAAACGUAAACAACUUUUUAGCAUCAAAUAUUAAAGACAUUGCAGAGCAAGUUCACAAUAUUAAUUUAAAAUUCGACAAAAUAUGGGCACCACGUUUCGAUUAUUCCCUUCUUUAUUCAUCUGAAUUCACUAAUACAAAAUUAAUAGCGAUGAAUCCAUUAGUGUUUAAUAAUAAUGAAAAUGUACACUAUCUAGGUAGAUUACUUAUUUCUCAUCUAUUUGAUACUUCUUCAGAUAUGAAUCCACGACUUAGAGCGAAACUCCUGGUAAAAUGGGUACAACUGGGCUCUAGAUUUGAACAUUUGGGUGAUAUGGUCUCAUGGCUCGCUAUUGCCACAAUCAUGUGCUCAGUGCCAAUUUUGAGAUUACUGUCUUCAUGGAAGCAUGUCCCUGAAUCUACCUUAAAAGUCAUCUUCAGAGAUUGGGUACCAACCAUAGCCCAGUUAGACAGGAGAAACAUGUCUUCAAAACCAACGAGUAGUGUAUUUAUCUUGGCACCACCUAAUUUAGAUAAUUCUUUCAUAAGGUCAAAUGUCAUUUCAUAUUUCGGCGAUUUAAUAAUUCAUACCAACAAUCUACCACAAGAGACAAAAUUCAAGUAUUUACAGAAAAAAAUAAAUCGUACCAAGAAUGCAUUCCACAAAUGGCAUCAAAGGCUAGAUGCUAUUGAUGCCGAAGAUAAUGACGUAAGAGCUGCUAGCCAGAUAAGGGAUAUUAAUCCCGAAACUAGCAAUAUUUAUCAGUUUUGGAAGUAUCAUAUUACUCGACCUCCUUUAACCAUACAAAAACUUAUGGAUUUAAGUUUGAAACAAGAACCGCCCGUAAUAGAUCAAAAAGCCUACUCAAAAAUUGGGUUUCGAAGGAGUGCACUAAUAACGGGCAGUUACUUACCAAUUCUUUUCAAUACCAUGCUGCCGUCUUAUUCAAUAUUCCCUCAGCAAUCGUUAAUUGGCGCUGCCGGAUCAUCCACAUCUGUGAAGAUCGUGCCUCCACCUAGGUCAUCAGUGCGGUCAUCGAAGUCGCUCCCCGUGAGUAACCCAGUCAUGCUUUCCUCUACGAACCCUUCUAUCAUUGAUAAAAACCAAAUUACUGGGGUUGAAAAUAUCGAUGAUCCAUUGUUAAAGGAGCUGGAGUUAAUUCCUUCAAGUAAACAAUUUUUAAUGAAAUCAAUCAGAGAUGUCUUCAACAUCGACACAGAUGUUUUUCAUGUUUCAGACGAUUUAAUCUUCAAAUCAAAUUUUGUCAAUGAUUCUAAAUCCUCUGCUGCUAGUUUAGUGGUAGAGUCUCCAAAGAGGUUUUCUCAAUACUCUUUUAAUGGAGCCUCAAAUAAAAAUAUCAAAUCCUCAAGGGACUCAGAAAGAUUCAGCAAAUCUUUAGAAACUAUGGAUUUUUUCAAAAAUAUUGGUACUGUACCCGAUUCUUUGCAGGAAUCUUUCAUUCAAGUGGUCUUGAAGGCUGCUUCAUUGGAUAAGAUGCUGGACCUUCUUGUUUUGACGGCCAAUAUAUUCUCAAAAUUGGUCGAAAGUAAGGAUUUGGAAAAAUAUUAUCACAAUAAAAGAAGAAGACAAGGAAAUAGUAACUCAGCAUCACAUAAUGUGGAAACUACUGAAAACAACAAUGUGGGUUUACUAGACUAUGCCUUUUUAAAACUGGUUAUGGAUAAUGACAAUUUCACCGAAACUUUCUUCAACACUUACAAGAGCUUUACGACAACGCUACCUGUUUUAGAAAACCUAGCAAAAAGAUUCAUUGGUGCUAAAAGCUGUGCAGCUGCAAUUUCAAGGAUAUUAAACAAUUCUGACGAUGAUUACGCGAACAGCGCUUCUUCUGAACUUAAGUUUCCAAUUUGGGACUCUAAAUCAUCAAACGCCAGUGGGGUCGAUCUUUCUUCUGUCGUCAAAAUCCAACUUGGAGCAGCCGAAGCUAUCCUCCAUCUAGUUCUAUAUCAUUAUAUUGAUUUCACAGAAGAUGCUAAAUGUAACUCCACUUUCUUAGAUAUUUUGAAAAUAAUGGAAAAGGAAAUUUCGCAAGAGUGGCCCGCUAGAAUUAAAGAAUUAAAAAAGACAUCCGAAUCAAGCAAUGAAAAUACAAAUGAGAUUGAGCUGUUGGUAGAUAACUUGAAAGAAACUUAUGAAAAAACCAAAAUCAACUAUCAAAAUCAACUUUAUAAGCCAGUGGGUAUUGGUAAAACAAGAAGGCAAAUUAUGGAACUUUUAGAAUCAUAUAAAGCAUUGCCACUUGUUGAACUAGGCUUUCAAAUUGAAGAGGGAAAAAUUUUGGAUCCUAUGGUCUCAAGGUUUAAGGAGCUAAAAUAUGAUAGUUAUGAAGAGAUUAUAGACUGGGUUUGUGAACUAGAUGACUUACUUGCAAGAAAGACAGCCAUGGUCAGCAAGCAGGAAUGGUUUAGUGUAUAUCAGGUUUUCGAACUGGCAUCGACUGAAUCACUUACCUCAUUUUUCUCAUAUCCAUUAUUGUCAUCAUCUGCUAACAUGGUAAAUUCAAAUUCAUUUCAGUUGAAAGAUAUGGAAAUAUCCAAUGUUUUCAACUGGUUAUUUUCUUUAACCAUUGAAGGCGACUCUAAAAAAUCCUUCAAGCCUUUCCAAAGACUGCCUUCUUCUGUUCAACUUUUGGUAAGGCUUCAUUCUUCUUUAGGUACUUUAUUUAUGUUUGCCGCAACCGACUUCAAUAAAACUUAUGAGGAGCGUGUAAAAUGCUGUGCAAAGACUUUACAGAUUUUAAAUUACGUGCGCUGGAAGAAUUCAUCUAUAGAUUUAUUCGCUUCUGAAGAAGAAGAUUCAAGUCAAAUAUGUCCUCAUAUUCCAUCCUUCAUUGAAACUGCAAUUUGCAAUGCUAUGGUAUCACCUGAAAGUAGAUACUUCGAACAUGCAUGGAACGCAGCUCUUAACUUAUUAUCAAAUAGCCCUUCUACCAAAGUAUCUAACGUUUUGAUUAGCAUAGAUAAUCACCAUAUUAGAAGAUUUUUGGAGCUUGAUAAUGUAUUUUCUACAAAGACAAAGAACUUAUCUACUUGUCCAGGCUGGUUCAUUGGCCGAUUAUUAGAAAUUUCGCAAUUUGUACCAAAUAUGAGUAUCAAUAAUUCGAAAUUAAUUAAUUUCGAUAAAAGAAGAUUUACUAAUAAUCUCAUUUCUAAUUUUUUGGAUUUAAUUCCUGAGGCUACAAUGCAUGGGGACGAUAAAUUUGGGAAUGUACUAUUCAACGAUUUUGAGGACGUCAACAAGGCUUAUAGAAAGCGCAUCAAAAUCGUUGCCGCAACAGAAGCUAAGUCGAUCAAAUUCCAAGGAAAUGGCUUAUUUAAUGAGUUACUUGCGUUAGAAACAGAGAAGGUGAAACGUGAAAGUAGUAAAUUAGAGACGUUAACCAUACAAGAAGAAGAUUCUAGAAGAGUUAAUCAAGCAUUGAGUCGUGAUCAUAGAGAUUCUAUCUCAAUCGGAGCCAAUUCAUCUGCACGCUUGAGAUCUUCCAAUAAUGAUGCUGGAUUUUCUCCAUCUGCAUCUUCACCUUCCAUUUCUUUGGCAAGAGCUAAUAGAGGUUCUGUUUCUGCGGUGUCUACCAAGGGUUCCACUGUAUUAAAUAGUGGUACCACCAGUGGUGGCGUUGGAAAAAAGCUAGGUGGAUUUUUUAGGAGACCGUUUUCUGUAGCUGGGUUCAACACAUCCACAUCAAAUUAUUCUUUAAAUGCUGCGUUGAAUCAAGAUGGUAAAAAAUCAAUUGAUCCUAAAUACCUUCCUGAAAUUUUGAUAAAUGAAUCCAAACCAGUGCUAUCACUAAAGACAUUCGAAAUCAAAAACAUUGUGGAAAUAAUCAACCACAGAAAGAACCCUGCUUACAAUUAUUCCUUCAAAAUUAUUAUGCAGAAUGGUCAAGAGCAUAUGUUUCAAACUGUUGGUGCUAAUGACUUAUAUGACUGGAUCAAAAUGAUCAAAACUUCGAAGCGCUACUCAUUUCAUUCACAAAAAUACAGGGGUAAAACACAUAAUAAAAUUUUUGGAGUUCCACUGGAAGAUAUCUGCGAGCGUGAGGGUACUAUAGUUCCAACAAUCGUCGUGAAGCUUUUGGAGGAAAUCGAAUUGCGUGGACUUGACGAAAUUGGUCUUUACAGAAUUCCUGGUUCGGUGGGUAGUAUAAAUGCCCUAAAAAAUGCCUUUGAUGAAGAAGGCGCAGUUGAUAAUUCCUUCACUUUGGAAGAUGAUAGAUGGUUUGAGAUUAAUGCAAUUGCUGGUUGUUUCAAAAUGUACCUGAGAGAGCUUCCUAAUUCUCUAUUUUCCAAUAAAAUGGUAGGAGAUUUUACUGACGUUGCCAUGAGACUGAGAUCUUCCGAGUUAAAGUAUGAUGAUUAUAAUAGGGAACUAGUAGCUUUAUUAAAUAAAUUACCGGCCUGCUAUUAUGAGACUAUGAAGCGCAUUGUUUUUCAUUUAAAUAAGGUUCAUCAACACGUUUCCAACAAUCGUAUGGACGCGUCCAACUUAGCCAUUGUUUUCUCCAUGAGCUUUAUAGAUCAAGAAGAUUUAGCAAGUAGUAUGGGUCAAAAGCUUGGCGCGAUCCAAACUAUUUUACAGCAUUUCAUCAAGAGUCCUGGUGACUUCUUUGCCCAAUGA